AUGGGAUAUACUAGAAGUAAUGGGGCGCCGCCGACGAAUGGUGGCGGAAAUAAUGAUGCUUGGGAACUUAGGCCUGGUGGAAUGCUGGUUCAGAAGCGUACUGACUCUGACGAAAACCAGGCGCCACCACCGACAAUUCGAGUUCGGGUCAAAUACGGAUCGAUUUACCACCAAAUUCAUAUCAGUUCUCAAGCUACCUUUGGGGAGUUGAAGAAAAUGUUAGCAGAGCCAACGGGAUUGCACCACCAGGAUCAGAAGUUAUUUUACAAGGAUAAAGAAAGGGAUUCCAAUUCAUUUCUUGAUACUGCAGGAGUUAAGGACAAAUCAAAACUUGUUCUAACGGAGGAUCCAAUUAGCCAAGAAAAACGGUACAUUGAGAUGAGGAAAAACGCUAAAAUGGAAAAGACUGCGAAAUCUAUAUCAAAAAUCAGCUUGGAGGUGGAUAGAUUUGGUGGACAGGUUUCAGCUUUUGACUCUGUAAUUUCUAAAGGUGGAAAAGUGGCUGAAAAAGAUUUAGUAAAUCUGAUUGAGUUGUUGAUGAAUCAACUUCUUAAAUUGGAUGGAAUUAAUGCUGAUGGGGAUGUCAAAUUACAAAGGAAAAUGCAGGUGAAACGAGUACAGAAGUACAUCGAGACUCUUGAUGUGUUGAAGAUCAAAAACUCAAUGACUAUUAGCAGUGGGAACUCAUCUCAACAGAGUCAGCAUCAGAGGUACUCAAAUGGGCAUGUUUCAAUACCAGUUCAAGAUCCACGGAACUCAAAUGGGAGCGUUUCGUCUCCCAGUCAACAGCAACAACCCCGGCAUUCAUUUGGGCUGUCAUUAAUCGAUUCACCACCAAAGAAACACCAGCAGCCCUCAAGGCACUCAACCUCUGGGACUUUUGUGAUAACAACACAGUGGGAAACGUUCGAUUCUGCACCAGCGCCAUCAAUGCCAGGAGUCAGUGCAGGCACCCCUUCAACAUCCAAGGUGGCAUCAAGGACAAUUAAUCCAGCACAACCUAGUUUUCAUUGGGACUUGCUUUGA